GGGAGGGUUAGGGAAAAGGGUGAGGGAGGCAUAGAGUAGAAAAUACGCAGAACUUAUUACUUGACAAAAGAGGGCAGGUACAAGAGGCAGGAGCAACAUGAGGGCUGUUGUGGGACUCUGGUCCGCUUUGACCCUCUUCCUCUUGAUGGAGGCCGUGAUCGCCCAGAGGAGCCCGGGCAGGAAGCCCACCAGGAAACCCCAAAGAAAACCGCUGGAUAGGAAAGCCACCACCAUGCCGGGCAUCCCUGAACCCCAGGAGCCCACAGACUUCCCGCCGCCCAUCUUUGGCCCCCCCUCCAUCUUCCCCGACUGCCCCCGCGAGUGCUCCUGCGACCCGUCCCACCCCAGCGCCCUCAACUGCGAGAACCGCAACCUCCGCAAGGUCCCGGUCAUCCCGGCCCGCAUCCACUACUUAUACCUGCAGAACAACUACAUCUCAGAGGUGACGGCCGAGGCCUUCGCCAACGCCACCGAGCUGCGCUGGGUCAACAUGGCCAACAACCGCAUCCAGCGGGUGGACAAAGAGGUGUUUGCGAAGAUCCCGUCCCUGAUAUACCUGUACCUGCAGAAGAACCAGCUGAAGCAGGUCCCGUCCGCGCUGCCGGUUGGCCUGGAGCAGCUAAGGCUGGGCAGGAACCGCAUCACCAGGAUCCCGCCCGGGGCCUUCCAGAAGAUGGAGCGCCUGGUGUUGCUGGACCUGUAUAGCAACCAGCUGAGUGACAGCGGCUUGGGGAAAAACACUUUCAAGGGCCUGAGCCACCUGAUCCAACUGAACCUGGCGCGGAAUGUCCUCAAGAAGAUGCCCGCCGGUGUCCCGGCCAGCGUCAUUCAGCUGUUCCUCGACAGGAACAGCAUCGAAGACAUCCCGAAAGACUACUUUGAGAGCCUGGUUCAUCUGGCGUUUGUGCGGCUCAACUACAACCAGCUGAGCGACAGGGGCGUUCCCAAGGCCGUGUUCAACGUGUCCACACUGGUAGACCUGCAGCUGUCCCACAACCAGCUCGCCUCAAUCCCGCUUUUCAACGCCCACCUGGAGCACCUGCACCUCGACCACAACAGCAUCGAGAGUAUCAACGGCACCCGGAUCUGCCCACAGAGCCCAACGUCCGACUACGGUGACAUCACCCUCGUGCCCAAACUGAGGUACCUUCGUCUGGACGGGAACCAUCUCAGCCCGCCGCUGCCCAUGGACGUAGCCAUGUGUUUCAGACACCUUCACUCCAUCGUCAUCUAACAUCUGGCAAGGGGGGGAGGGACGCACACACACACUCACACUCACACACGUGCACGUAAAAAGAAAAAAAGGAAACACACACACACACAUGUAUGCACAUGGACACAUGGAGAAAACAUACACACACCCACGCACCGAUGUGAUCCCAUACAGACACACACACAGACACACACACACACACACACGCGCGCGCACACACACACACACACACACACACACACACACACACACACACACACACACACACACACACACACACACACACACACACACACACACACACACACACACACACACACACACACACACACAGACACACACACGCACACACACACACACAUACACAUGUGCACAAGUACACACACUGGCAUACAUGCGUACACAUCGACACACAGAACAGAAUGAAAUGGUGCAAAUGGUGCUCUCAGAAACAAACCAGUAAGAUACACUCCUAUAUAUAUAUAUAUAUAUAUAUAUAUAUAUAUAUAUAUAUAGUGGAGCUAUUGUCCAGUCUGAGGGAC